AUGAAGUCCAUAAUUAGACAGAGAAAACAGAGUCUGAAACCAAUUGAAACUAAGGAUAAAUCCGUUGAAGCAUCUGAAGAAGAGCCAUUGAGUCCGUCAUCUAGGCUAUUUCACGAGCCCAACUUCAAUGUGCACGUUCUAGCUAUUUUGGGCAUGAAAACAAGAAUAAGUACUGAGCAAGCUCCCAGAGAGCAUUUGGCUAAUACUUUGCUUAAGCAUCCUCGUUUCUCCAGCCUUCAGGUGGUUGAUGAGGAAAAAGGCGGAGAAAUGAAAUGGGUGCGGACGAAGGUGGACUUAGAUCAGCACAUUAUUGUACCACAAAUUGAUGAACAAAACCUGAAAGAAUCACCAGACAAAUUUGUGGAGAACUAUAUUCAUAACCUAAGCAAAACCACUCUUGACAAAUCGAAACCUAUGUGGGAUCUCCAUCUUCUUAACAUCAAAACAUCCGAUGCUGAGGCUGUUGCCAUUUUCCGAAUCCACCAUUCACUUGGAGAUGGCACCUCUCUUAUUUCCCUUCUCUUGGCGUGUACUCGCCAAACUGCUGAUCCAAAUAAUGUUCCAACUAUUCAUGGAAAUAAAAAGAGCCUUAUUGAUUCUUCAGAGCAUUCCAAUACGGGAUUGCGGCGAUAUGUUACAAAAAUUUGGUCUUUUAUGAAAUUGUUUUGGAACACAAUAGUGGAUGUAUUGAUGUUUAUGUCUACAACUAUGUUCUUGAAGGACACAAAUACACCAAUUAAGGGUAGACCUGGUUCUGAGUCUAAUCCUAGGCGAUUUGUUUACAGGACAGUAAGUCUUGACGAUAUUAAAUUGGUGAAAAAUGCAUUGAAUAUGACAGUAACGGAUGUCGCUUUGGGAGUAACACAAGCUGGUUUGUCUAUCUAUCUUAAUAGGAGAUAUGGGGAGGGCAAGAAAGACGGGGGAGAAACAGAGAAAAACAAUAAUCUUCCGAAGAACAUUAGACUUAGAUCAACUAUACUUAUGAACCUAAGACCGGCUGUCGGAAUUCAGGCUUUAGCUGAUAUGAUGGAGAAAGACACUGAGGCAAAAUGGGGGAAUUGGAUUGGUUUUGUUCUUUUUCCCUUAAAAGUUGCAUUACGAGAUGAUCCGUUAGAUUAUAUCAGAGAAGCUAAGGCAACUAUUGAUCGAAAGAAGAAUUCACUUGAAGCUUUCUAUACAUUUUCCAUUUCAGAAUUAGCACUCAAGAUUUUUGGGAUUAAGACAUCAAGUUCGAUAUCGCACCGAACUAUCACCAAUACAACAAUGUGCUUUUCUUGUUUGCCUGGUCCUCAAGAAGAAAUUUGCUUCUACGGCCACCCUUUGGCUUACAUUGCACCCGGUUCUUAUGGACAACCUCAUGCAUUGAUGAUUAAUUGUCAAAGCUAUGUAAACAAGAUGACUUUUGUUCUAUCAGUCGAUGAAAGCGUGAUUCCUGAUCCACAUCAAUUGUUGGACGAUCUUGUACAAUCUCUAAAGCUAAUCAAAGAUGCUGUGAUAGAAAGAGGUCUUUGCCAUGAGUAGAAAAUGUUGUUUGACAACAUA